GCUUUGAGCUUCUGAGCAUGCGCGUCUGCAACCCCUUCAAUAUCCGUCACUCGCACAGCAGCAGAUCACGAUGAUGAAGAUGCUUCACUUGCUUGUGGUCCUGGCUGUACUGGCCCUGGGCUCCGGAGAAGAGGGGGCCCGUCUGCUGGCCUCUAAAUCUCUGCUCAACCGCUAUGCUGUGGAGGGCCGAGACCUCACUCUGCAGUACAACAUCUACAAUGUUGGAUCCAGUGCUGCUCUGGAGGUGGAGCUGUCAGAUGAUUCUUUUCCCCCUGAAGACUUCGGAAUCGUUUCAGGAAUGCUCAAUGUGAAAUGGGACAGGAUUGCACCAGCGAGCAAUGUCUCCCACACUGUGGUGCUGCGCCCCCUGAAGGCCGGGUACUUCAACUUCACCUCGGCCUCCGUCAGCUACCUGGCCCAGGAGGGAGGACAAGUGCUGGUUGGCUAUACCAGUGCCCCCGGACAGGGAGGCAUCCUGGCUCAGAGGGAGUUUGACCGACGCUUCUCCCCCCACUAUCUGGACUGGGCUGCGUUCGGCGUGAUGACUCUGCCUUCCAUCGGCAUCCCCCUGCUGCUUUGGUACUCUAGCAAGAGGAAGUACGACUCACCAAAGGCCAAGAAGAACUGAGAAGAGCCAUGACCGGGAGGGUGGGUGGGAGUCAAAGGCGUUAUUGGGCACAGGAUCUCUGAAUAGCUUAACCCAUAUUGGGGGUUGAAAAGUGCAGUGACCAAGAAACGUAAUUGUGAUUUGAUAAAGCAAGCUGCGCCAAUAAGAGAACUUUGAACAGGAAGUUGAACAUGGUGAACAGGUGGCGGUUUCCAAACCAUGACCGAGUGCAGAGUGCUCUCUGGCCACCUGAUUGCUGUUCCUUCAGAUCUGCAAACUGGUUCAUGUGACAGAACAAUUACAAGUAACACCAUUUUGUAAUUUUUUUAAUUGUGUAACUGAAUCAGAUUUGAAGUUAUCAGCAGUUAUUUAACUUCAAGAUAAAUGUAAUAAAAACAGGCUGUUUUUUUUUUA